AUGACGCUCGAUGAAGGUUAUGGAACUCACCAAACGUCAUUUCGAAUCCGAAAAUCACUAAGAGAGCUUGUCCAUAAACCACGAUUGCAUAAGUCUCGUCGUCCCAUUAAUGGAUUACCUGCAUUACCUGCUCAUGACUACAACAAAGAAGAAUAUGCAUAUGAUGUCCUUUACGAAUGCCAACGAGGACUGUUACAAUUUGAUCCCAAUCCUUGGUGUGAUGCAGAUAUGAGAUUUACACCAAUGGACGUUGAAAAUUACCAAUUACCAGAUCCAACUUGGGAAUGGGGUCACUCUACCAUAUCAACCGUAACUUCACUCUUUAAGUGA